ACUUAAACUGAAGAGCGCAACUAAGGGCAUCAUAUAAAUGACAUCUGGACAUCAUUUAAACCUUUUCACAGAGUAUUGCCUUUUAUCGGAGAUACGGACAUGAGACGAGAUCUUUUACUAAUCUUGGCGUCGUUGCUCUGCUGUGUCUGUGAGGCUGAUGACUGGACUCAUGCUCAUGCUGAGGACAAGCUCUUUAAGAAACUCUUCAGGACCUACAAUAAGUGGUCCAGACCUGUUCAGAAUAGUACUGAUGUAGUAAUUGUCAAGUUUGGCCUCUCGAUUGCUCAGCUGAUUGAUGUGGAUGAGAAAAAUCAGAUGAUGACGACAAACGUAUGGCUGAAGCAGGAAUGGCAUGACUAUAAACUGCGUUGGAAGCCCUUGGAUUACGACAAUGUAACAUCCAUCAGGGUGCCAUCAGAGCUAAUUUGGGUACCAGACAUUGUUCUGUAUAAUAAUGCAGAUGGUGAGUUUGCUGUGACUCACAUGACCAAAGCCCACCUGUUCUACACAGGGGAGGUGCGUUGGGUGCCUCCAGCCAUCUACAAGAGCUCAUGCAGCAUUGAUGUCACAUUUUUUCCUUUUGAUCAGCAAAACUGCAAAAUGAAGUUUGGCUCUUGGACCUAUGACAAAGCCAAAAUUGACCUGGAGCGCAUUGAGAAAACUGUGGACCUGAAGAAUUACUGGGAGAGUGGGGAGUGGGCCAUUGUGAAUGCUGUUGGUACAUACAACACCAAAAAAUAUGACUGUUGUCAUGAAAUCUACCCAGAUAUCACCUAUUUCUUCAUCAUCCGUCGCCUUCCUCUUUUCUACACCAUCAACCUCAUCAUCCCCUGCCUGCUCAUCUCCUGUCUGACUGUGCUGGUCUUCUACCUGCCCUCAGACUGUGGGGAGAAGAUCACACUGUGUAUAUCUGUCCUCCUUUCUCUGACUGUCUUCCUCCUCCUCAUCACUGAGAUCAUUCCGUCCACUUCUCUGGUCAUCCCACUCAUUGGAGAGUAUCUUCUCUUCACCAUGAUUUUUGUAACUCUAUCCAUUGUCAUCACUGUAUUUGUACUGAACGUGCACCACCGCUCUCCCAGUACUCACAAGAUGCCAUGCUGGGUUCAGACUGUAUUCUUGGGCUUCAUCCCCCAUUUUCUCUUUAUGAAGCGUCCAGAGCUUGGGCAGACACGCCGCCACCAACAAGAGAAGAGACAUGUGCCAAGUCAGUGCUCCAAUCUCAGCACCUCUAAAAGCUGGCUGCAGCAAGAGACAAAUGUGGAUGUAGGUGUACAGUGGAAUAAGGAGGGCAAUGCGGCCACCUGUUGGUUCUCUCCACCUACAUCUUUAAACUUGUCUGACUCUGAGGCUUCACUGAAAAAGUGUGACAUGCAACAGCAAGGCCAAAGGAUAACCCUCAGUCAACGACCUGUCAAUCUGAGCUAUCUGGAGUCUGGACUGAGACGGCCGUGCUCCCCAGGUCUACUACAGGCCUUGGAGGGAGUCCAAUACAUUGCUGAUUACCUGCAUGUGGAGGACACGGACUUCUCUGUCAAGGAGGACUGGAAAUACGUAGCAAUGGUGAUUGACCGUAUCUUCCUCUGGAUGUUCAUCAUUGUGUGUCUUCUGGGGACAGUUGGCCUCUUCUUGCCUCCCUGGCUCUCAGGGAUGAUCUAGCUGUUUACCAUGGGCUCACUGAUACUGACAUCAAGUCUCUGAGCAAUGUUCAACCUGUACAACCAGGCCAAGACCUGCCCUAGAGACAAGUGCAUUUUAAAAGGAGAGAACAGUCAUUUUCCAUGCUUUUGGCUUUGGAUUCAGGUGUUGCCUCCACUGGGAUAGAAAAGAACUUUAACCACCUGACUUUGCAGACCUUUUCAGUACUGAGAAUAUUCAGGUACAAUGUCAGUGUUGUAAUGAGUGUGGGUCAGAGCAUAUCAGUUAAUUCAGGUAUUACCUGAGGUCACAUUCAAUUUUUGUAAUAGUUCAGAUCCUCUCAGCCAUGACUUUACCCAUUGCCCUUGUGUGAGUAGCACUCCUCACUUCUCAUUGAAUGGACUGACAUUUUCUCGUAUAAUACUGUUUCCAAGCCCAUGCACAUUGAAAGUACAACCUUCAAUGUAAUAUGCAAAAUUAACCUUUAUGAAAGAGGUGAAGGAUAUGUGACCAUGCCGAGGAGUGAUACAGUUCAAUUUACACUGAAUGUCUGUGGUGUCUUUUUACCCUUAACAGCAAUCAUCUGACAGAUCAAAAGGCAUUCUUCAUUCAUAGAACUAGUCCUUUAAAGAGCCAUUGAAAAAUCUGUCACGUUUUAUACUGUAUGAGUCGGGUCAUUAAAUUGCAGACAUGGACCACAAGGAAAAAUGAAGUGUUUUUAGUAAUGGAACAAUUCUAUUCUUGACGGCAAAUCAUGUUAGGGCUGCUGCUGUAAUUUCAUUAAGAACAUGUUUCCUGUAUGUUUUACUUUACAUAACUCAAUUCUGAAUGCGUACCUGUAUUUUCUCCCCUACUCAGAGAGUAAUGGCAUUUAAACAUUCUGUGAAUAAAUAUACUGU